AUGCUCGCCCUCCAUGCUUCAACCCUCUCCCCCAAGCCGAGCCGAACCGGCAUUGCCGUUGGAGAGGACGACGACUAUUCUAGGUUUUCUAUACCGGUGGCAGAUAAGAUAAUCAGAUUUCCGAGACGCUGGAACUGUCUUUUCUUGACUCGAUGCAGAAAAUCGGUUGCACGUCGUGCAGCUGGUCUUCUUUUAUUGCGGGGAAUCGUUUUCCGACCUGAUUCGCCAUCCAACACGGCGCUCCAAUUCGCUCUCACACCACUUAUGCUUGGAAAUGGCUUCAUUCCUGUCCUCGCAUGUACGAUGAAUCAACGGGUUUACACAUCUCAUUUCAAGCCGCCUUAGGGCUUAUCUUGGCGCGUACGGAGAGUUAGACUUUGCCCUCGUGGCUCGGCCGCGAGCGGCGUUCCCUGGUGAUUUGGGGCAUGGAAGCCGACCCUUGGCCAUGUCUAGUCUAAGCGAUUGCAACUCUCGUCGUCGGCGAGACUAGACAGGGCAAGUGACUGGUUUGAUGAUGCUAUCGCAGCUCAGCACUGUUUCUUCGUCAAAGCCCACCUCACCAUCCCUCUUCAGGUGCGUCGCUACAAAAGCGUGUUAACUCUCGGACACAC